AUGGACGGAUAAAUUAUCAGAAUUGAUAAAGAUAUCAAUAGGGAUGAAUAAUUGAAUAAUAUUGAAUAGAUCAAAUAUUUGUUAUGGUCAAGAUAAUACAAUUAGAGUCAUAAUAAAGUUGUUAAAUGGAGUGCUAUUUGGAAUGGAGAUUAAUUAUUAGACGUUGGUGGAUAUUACUCUGUGGAUGGUCUAAAGCAAGGUUUUUGGAAAGAACUAAGCAGAAAUUACUCAAAGUAUAGAAAAGAUUAAUAAUAAAUUAAAGUUAAAAUUAAGUUUAUGAAUGUGGAGAAUACAGAAAUGGAUUAAGAAUUCAGAAAUGGAAGUAUAUAUAUGAAAAUAAAAUAAUGUAUUAUUUUUUACGAUAAAUGUAGAGGUGGAGGAUCUUACAAUUAAAUAGGUAGGAAGAAAGGAAAAUGGGUUGAUCUGACUUAUGACUUUUGGAAGUAUUGCAAUUAGUUAAAAUUAAAAAUCAGUCAAAGCUAAGUAACCUAUUGUGGCGAGUAUUUGGACGGAGAAAGAAUUGGUUUAUGGGAUAUCUUUUAUAAAAAGAAAGAAUUAAGAUUUAUUGGAGGAGGAUCAUAUGUUUGGAAAAAGGAGAGAGGUGAUUUAAAUUCAAAGAAGGUUGGAAUAUGGACUGAGUUGGCUGAAGGUUUUUAGGAUAACAACUAAACAAUCUGGUGCGGUGAAUAUAAAAAUAAUCAAAAGGUUGGUAAAUGGGUUAUUUUAAAGAGGAAAGAUCAAUUUGAUCCAUUUCAACAUAUUGGUGGUGGUUCUUAUGAUCACAAAUCAGAAGAUAGAUGUGUUAUAGAUUCAAUUAAAAUUGGAUAUUGGGUAGAAUUUAGAAAUGGUGAAUACGAUUGUUAAGUUACUUAGAGUGGUUAAUAUAUUAAAGGUAAAAAAUUUGGUAGAUGGGAAUCAUUUCUUUAAGGAGAACAAAUAGGUGGAGGAUCUUAUGAUCCCAAUCCAGAAAAUGAGGAAAAUCCUUAAGAUCCAAUUAAGUUUGGAAAGUGGAUAGAAUUGAGCGAAGGAUUUUAGAUAUAGUGA